AUGUUCGCUUCAACAGAGGCAGCACCCGUUGUAUCAAGUAAUAUUUCACCCAAUAAAUGGAUAAUCAAUGGUUUCAUGGUACCAGUUCUUCCAGCAAGUAAUAAAUUUGUUACAGAUAACAAUUUUUCAACGGCGUUUGAGAAUCAUGAUCAGCAAACAACUGCCAUCCAAGAUUUAGCUGGAUCUAUACCAAACCCUUUUAUGGCGAACUUUUCUACCCUCCCAUCUCAAACUGGGACUACUGCAAAUUCUGAUUUAUUUAAUCUACACAAUAUAACCGAAAACAGUGCUACGGAAAAUAAUCACAGUAGUGUCAUUGGUUCUACUAUGUUAGAUGAUGCAAGUAAAAGGAAACAAACAAGUGAGAUCAAUUUUUCUAAUGUUUCCGCUACUCCACCACCACGACCGCCACUUCCAUCGGCGAGUACAAAUAUUAUACCAAGUUCUGAAUUACCAACUGUCACUGGAGGAUCGACCAACCAAAUCAAUUCAACUAAUAAUGUCACCAAGAGUGCAUAUGAUGAUUUAAAUGAUCAAAUUCGCAUUGCUUUAGGUGGUUCUUCAUCUCGUCAAGCAUCCACUGAGUUGCAAUCUUAUGUUCAACCAACGCAAUCACAAGAUCAGUACCAUCAAAGUAACAUAAUCACUAAUGCAGGAACAACAAGGAUAGUUGGGCAACAAAUUAUUGAUACCACAUCUAUUUCAAGUAACAUUUCUAUUCAGAGCUCAGCUUUCAUAGGAAGCAAGUCUCUCUUAAAACAUCCUAAUGCAGAAAUUUUUUUGAUAGGAAAACUUUUUUGUUCGUGUUGGAAAUAUUCACAGUUGAGUUUAGACGCAACUUCUUACGAUAUUAACAAAAAAAAGUGA